AGCAUAUAAGUUUAUUAAUUCUUAGCUAGAGAACACAAAAGCAAAAUAAAAAAAUUACAGAAACAAAAGAUGAAUAAUAAUUAAUAAAAGGGGUGGGCAUGGGAAUCGCAUUUGCAUUUAUAUUCUCCUCCUUCUCCUCCACAUAUAUAAAUACUAACACAAUACCAAAGUGUGGUCUCAUUCAUCAUAAUAAUCAUAAAAAUCAACUUUUAAGCUCUAGAGAGAGAGGAAGAAAGAAAAGUGAGAGACAUGGAAGAGACAAAAUCAAGAUUCAAGAGGAUCUGUGUCUUCUGUGGAAGCAGUUCCGGUAACAAACCUUCUUACCAAGAAGCUGCCAUUCAACUGGGUAACGAAUUGGUGGAGAGAAAGAUUGAUUUGGUAUACGGAGGUGGAAGCGUGGGGCUUAUGGGUCUCGUCUCUCAGGCUGUUCAUCAUGGUGGUCGCCAUGUUCUAGGGGUCAUCCCAAAAACAUUGAUGCCAAGAGAGAUAACCGGUGAAACCAUCGGAGAAGUUAAAGCCGUCGCUGAUAUGCAUCAAAGAAAAGCCGAGAUGGCUCGUCAAGCCAAUGCCUUCAUUGCUCUUCCUGGUGGGUAUGGUACGUUGGAAGAAUUGCUGGAAGUCAUUACAUGGGCUCAACUCGGAAUCCACCGUAAGCCGGUGGGUCUUCUUAACGUGGAUGGUUACUACAACUCGCUGUUGACGUUUAUCGACAAGGCCGUGGACGAAGGAUUCAUAUCCCCAAUGGCUCGUAGAAUCAUCGUCUCUGCACCAAACGCUAAAGAGUUGGUUCGACAACUCGAGGAAUAUGAACCGGAGUUCGAUGAGAUAACGUCAAAAUUGGUUUGGGAUGAAGUGGACCGGCUCAGUUAUGUACCGGGUUCGGAGGUUGCUACGUAAGUAUAUUUUGUGGGAAGUUUUUUUGGGGUAAAAGCAGUAAAGGUCGGAAAGUGUACAGCGGAGUUGAAGUUUUUUAUAACAUCAGAAGAAAAGGUCGGAAAGUAGACAAAAAAGGGUAUUGGGGUCGUUUGGGUAACAUUAUUUUGUAAGGGGGGCUUAAUGUGUGAAGUGGAUAAACCACGUGGGUAACUGCUAAACCGCGUAUAUACCAAACACUAUCAUCCCCCACUUGUCUUUUGUACAUUUUGGUUAAUGGUUAAGAAAGGAUAGUGCCUUUUAUCAAGAAAUGACAAAACGAUCCUUUUCUUUUGCAUAUUUUAUAAUUUAUAUUGUCAUCUUCUAGCU